AUGGAAAACAAAACAUAUGGGUUCAACUCUGAGUUAACUCUGGAUCCAUUUGUCAUUCCACCUGGAGGAAGGUAUCCAAUAUUUUUUCUCGGUGUUAUGAUUUAUAUUUUUAGCAUUUUUUGCAACCUGACUUUGUUGACUUUGAUCAUUUUGAAGAGGAACCUUCACAAACCAAUGUAUUUCAUCCUGUUUAGUCUCCCCCUCAAUGAUCUGAUAGGUAUAUCUGCAAUGCUACCAAAAGUACUUUCAGACAUUGUAAUGGAGACUAAUAAGGUUUACUAUCCUCUGUGUGUUUUACAAGCUUUCUUGCUCCACAUGUAUGGUGGUGGAAUUUUGUUCAUUCUUGCAGCAAUGUCCUUUGAUCGUUACAUUGCUAUUUGCAUGCCCUUACGCUACAGCUCCAUUAUGACCCCUUGGGUUGUUAUUUGCAUUAUCUCACUUGUGUGGGGUCUUGACUUUGUCUUGAUUGUCUCACUGUUCUCCUUGCAGACAAGGCUUCCAAGGUGCAAAUCUGUUAUUAUGAAUGUGUUCUGUGAAAACCCAUCUCUGCUGAAGCUCACAUGUGGAAACACGAGAGUCAAUAAUAUCAUAGGACUGUUCAACACAGCUGUCAUGCAAGCUGUAAGUGUGUCUGUUCAGGUAUUUUCCUAUGUGAAGAUUCUCAUCACAUGUGUGGUUUCAAGGAGGUCUGAAGCAAAAAUGAAGGCAGUGAACACGUGCAUUGCGCAGUUGGUUAUAUUGAUAAUAUUUGAGAUUGUGGGAACUUUUACAAUUUUAUCUCACAGAUUAAAAAAUGUCUCAGCUGACUUGCAAAAGAUAAUGGGUAUGCUAAUAUUUCUUGUGCCCCCACUUCUGAAUCCAAUUGUAUAUGGGAUGUAUACAAGAGAAAUAAGAAGCACGCUCCUGAGACUCUUAAAAAGUAGAGAACCUGUCUAAAUCUUUACACAAGGUAAUAACAGCAAUGAAUUCAAUCAGCAUCAUGACACUGUACUAUCUCAUGAGCACUCAGUGUGAACACUAUUGUGGG